UACAAACUCACACCGAGUAAAUUAUCGCCCCAGAGACGCGGAAGAGAAAGACUGCCCUGCUCUGUCCGUAGCGUGCGGAUUAGAGAAUGACGAAGGGGGGGGGGGGAUCCGGCGUCGCGGCAUGGAUCAUCAAGCCCUCCUCCCAGUUUGCAGUGUCGUCCGAGGUGACCGUGACGACUGGACGAGGGGGCCCGCGGCGCCCCAUCUUCAAACCCAGCUGGUCUCACAGCCCAUUCCUCGGUGGGGGAUAUCCCGGCCUGAGCCGUCCACUCUCCAAUUGAUUGAACUGUCAUCGCAACCUCUGCUGCAUAAUAAAGUGCAUA